UGCCGCAAAUAACCAAAAGAAUGGGAUGAUGCGAUGUCUAAACGAAGAUAAUAAGGAUAUAGUUCUUACACCGAGUUGCCUGGGUUUGACAUUUGUACAAAUGACAAGCUUGUAAACAAGUACCAUCCAAGACUGUUUGAACGGAAUAUUCUCCCGCAAUUGGCAGGUGAUUCAUACCCCGGGCUCACAUGGUGUGUAGUUGACCACUCACAGUCCAAAAACAUGAAGGAUCUCAGGCACCAACAUACACAACGUCAAUCCAUGACAGAAAGCAUCCCCUGACUAUACCUUCGAGUUAUGUGCAUCUGCUGACAGAAUAAUCAAGCAGCUUCAUGACUCUAACAUCCACCAAUCUGACCACUUGCCAUAUGCGGGGUUAUGUUGAGAUUUGGUUCCAACUACAAAUUUUUAGCUUUUUAGAAGUCCCCUCUUUGUUCUCUUUCCCUUCCACUUUUUGUAGUAUAGAGCUUCUUUUAUACCCUUCUCCCUAUAUCCCAUAUGAAAACGGACGGUUGCAACAUGAAAGAUUCUUCAUCAAUAUUGGGAGAAUCCAGUCCGCUCCUUGGAUCGUCGUCUCCAUCUGUGUCUCCCAGGCUUAACUCAAUAUUCGAGAAAUGCAAAACAAACAAAAUAGUACAAUUACUUCCUUCUGUGGUCGUAGGUUCUCUGAUUUGGUUUUGCGUACCAGAUCAGACUGGCCUAAC